AUGGCACAGGAACGCGCCAAAGAUUUGCAGGACCAGAUUGAGAGCGAGAAUAUAGUUUUAGCCGAUAUUCAGAGCGAGUAUGAAUUCUCGGAUGAAGAGGGACCGCCGCGCCAUGUUAAUCAUCCUAAAUGGACCUAUGGAGACCUGCUAGACAAUGACCUCAAAGCCCAAGGGAGAUUGGACCCGGAUGGGAUUUUUGGAUCAAUGGGCCCAUUGCAUAUGGAGCAGGUGUUCAAACCCUCGAGGCCCAACAAGUUCCGUCAACGUACCAGCUCGGCGAACUGGAAUUCAGGUGACGGAUUGACUCAGCAAGAGAUUGUUAAUUAUCGAAUCAGGAUGGGUUAUGAUAAACCCGAAAGGAGGUAA